AUGGCGGAGCUACAAAUGCUUCUGGAAGAGGAGAUACCAGCAGGACGAAGCGCACUAUUGGACAGCUUCACCAAUUUGGAAAGGGUCGCAGAGUACUGUGAGAGCAACUAUGUCCAGUCUCCAGACAAGCAGAGGGCACUGGAGGAGACCAAAAACUACACUACCCAGUCUCUGGCCAGCGUAGCCUACCUGAUAAACACACUCGCCAACAAUGUGCUGCAGAUGCUGGACAUCCAGGCCUCGCAGCUCCGCCGCAUGGAGUCGUCCAUCAACCACAUCUCACAGACGGUGGACAUCCACAAAGAGAAGGUGGCGAGGCGGGAGAUCGGCAUCCUCACCACCAACAAGAACACGUCCCGCACGCACAAGAUCAUCGCGCCGGCCAAUCCGGAGCGGCCGGUGCGCUACAUCCGCAAACCCGUCGACUACAGUCUGCUGGACGACAUGGGGCACGGAGUCAAGGCCAGCGCUCAGAACAUGAAGGCCGGAGGAGGCGCGCUCCCUCGCACCAACCCCCCCACACAGAAGCCCCCCAGCCCGCCCAUGUCGGGGAAAGGGACCCUCGGGCGCCACUCCCCCUAUAGGACGCUUGAGCCGGUGCGUCCGCCCGUUGUCCCUAACGACUACGUCUCGAGCCCGACGCGCAACAUGGCGCCCCCCCUGCAGAGCCCUGCACGCACUGCAUCUGUUAAUCAGAGGAACCGCACGUACAGCAGUGGGAGCAGCGGAGGCAGUCACCCCAGCGCAAGCCGCAGCAGCAGCCGGGAGAACAGCGGCAGCGGCAGCGUUGGCCUGCCCAUCGCCGUGCCGACCCCGGCCCCGCCCAACGCCUUCCCAGGUGCUCCUCCUCAGUUCUACAGCAUGAACCGCCCGGCGCAGCAGCCCCAGAACCAGCAGGUGGGAGGCUCGCUGCCGUACCGCCGACCCUCGUCUGUCACCGGGCAACCGAACAUGCCGAACAUACCGAACAUGCCGAACAUGCCACACAACCAGAGCCAGCUCAACGGAGGACCCCACUUCGCCCAGAACCAAGGUCCGCUCGCGCCCCCUCCCCCCUCCAUGCAGAUCACCCCUCAGCUGCCUCUGAUGGGCUUUGUGGCCCGAGUUCAGGAGACUAUCUCAGACGUGCCGCCCCCGCCUCCGCCCUCAGACGAGCCGGUGUUUGAGGAGCCCACACCUCCUCCUCCGCCACCGGAGGACUACGAAGACGAGGAGGACGAGGAGGAGUCGGCGGUGGUGGAGUACAGCGACCCCUACGCAGAGGAGGACCCUCCCUGGGCCCCACGCAGCUACCUGGAGAAAGUGGUGGCCAUCUACGACUACGCCCGAGACAAAGAGGACGAGCUUUCGUUCCAGGAGGGCGCCAUCAUCUACGUGAUCAAGAAGAACGACGACGGCUGGUACGAGGGCGUGAUGAACAGCACCACGGGCCUCUUCCCCGGAAACUACGUGGAGUCCAUCAUGCACUACGCCGACUGAACAAUCCCCCUUACCCCAACCCCACCUACCCCACCCAUCACCUCUUCUCUUUCACCGUGAGCAGGACGAGGAAGAGGAGCGAUUGGAGAGUUUAUUUGAUAGGGGAAAGUGAAGUGAGGAGGGAUGGAAGGAAGGAGGGAGGGGAGCCAAGGGUUAAAGGUCAAAGACUUUGAUCAGACAGAGCAUGAUCACCUCUGGGCGAAGAGAGAAAGGCGAAACAGAGGGAGGGGUUGUUUUUUUUUUUUUUUUUUAAGUUGCAACAUGACAAACUGACGCCCGGUCAUUUCUCUCGACAUAGUCGCCGUUGUAAAACCAACCACUACUCUAGAUAUAUCUCUCCCUGUUAUGUUUUCUUUCUUUAUUUGACUGACAACGACUGGACGGUGAUGGAUUUAUUGUAUUUUUUGAGAGUUUUUGAGUCACAUAAUGAGUCACUACAUCUUUUUUUUUUUGCUUCAUUUUAUUUUAUUUUACCAAUUUGCCCUUAUUGUAAAAAAACAACAAUAUUUAUUUGGAUUAUGUAGUGGGAUACGUGAGUGAGUGUGUGUGUGUGAGUGUGUGUGUGUGUGCGUGCGUGCGUUCGUGCGUGCGUUCGUGCGUGUGUGUGUGUGUGUGUGCGUGUGUGUGUGUGUGCAGAUUAGACGGGGCUGCUAAGAGGGAUUUUUAGUUUGGAAUAUUAAAAAUAAGAGCUGGAGGAGAACGCCUUCAUUUCUCCUGAACACUCCAGACACAUUUACUUUUCUUUUUUAAGAGAAAUUUACUCCUCUCUAUAUAUUUAAAGUAUAGUGCAACAACAAUAUCCUCAGUGGAAGUUAAAUAUAUAUAAAAUAAAUAACACUAGUUUCCAGAUAAUACUUGAUAAAGUGUUUUUUUGGUUAGGUACCUCAGCUGGGAGUGUGCCAAAGCAGACAUUUAAUGAGAAAAAGCACAUCGGAUGUCUUAAAGCGACACACACACGCUAGAUUAAAGUGGGUCAAAAAAAGACAGUAGGCUUUUAUCCUUUUCCUUUUUAAGAAUUUUAUAUCAUUUGAGUAUCAGAAACAUUUGGCGCUACAUGAGUCGGAGGUUAUGACUUUGAAGAAGAGGCGAGUUUAGUCACUACAUGCUUCAUUUAUUCGCUGGCCAGUGUGCUUUUUUUAUUUCUUUUUAUUAAAAAUAAUUUAACGGGUGAAGGAAUCGCCAUCCAGCCCUCAAAUAAAAGAGGAGGGAGGGAGGGAGAUAGAAAGAGAGAGAGAGAUCCUCAAUUGCACAAUGACCUGGAUGUUGAAGUCUUACUCUGCAGCUUCUGUCAUGAAUAAUAGAAGUAUAUAUUAGCUCGACCGGGCUACUCAUUUUUGCAGUGUUCAUAUGCAUUUGAGAUGGAAGAAUUUUUAUUUUUUUGGCGUUUUUAUUUUUCUUUUUUUCCAAAGGGGUCCAGAAUCGAGUUUUGCUUGCAGAGCGGCAGACUGCAUGUUUCGACGAGGAAUUUAAAAAAAACAAAAAAAAUAUAAAAAGUAAACAAAUCAUUUCUGCUCUACUGAUGAUUAAUUAAUGUCUUAAUACUUUUUAGAUAUGGUGUGGUUCUUGGUUUGAUUUUUCUUUUUUUUAAAUAAUCACCCACAAUGACGACGACUACGUUAACGACACAUUUAGGUCAUUUCUAAGACGCUUGUGCCAUAUUGAAGAAGUGUGUGUUGCUGUUCAAGAGGUUAUCACUUCAUUUGCAAUAAAUUGGCCAGAAUGGAGGGGGAGGUGUGCGGGGGGUCGGGUGGAGUCGUUGAAUGAAUCUCUUUAUCCUCCCUUUUAAUUUUUCAGUUUUCCUGAGUUGUUUUAAAUCAAAAGCACAUACAUUUGUAGUAAAACAACAACAAAAAAGGUGUAGAAGAAGAAAUAAUAUAAAUGUGAGAUGUAUUAUGUCCUCGAAACAGGACUUAUUGAAUAUGAGAAGAAGCCAGCUGUCGUGUUGAAAUGGUUUAAACCGUCGCAAGCCCCCAUACAUCUAUUUAAAAAAAAAAAACAAACAAAAAAAAAAGAUAAAAAGAAACGCCGUCAGUUUAGGAGUCGUUUGUCCUCCGUACUGUUUCCAAUACGCUUGGCUGUUGGGUGUUUGCGAGGGCUCAGUGCUUGUACUUAUGUCAGAAUCUUUAUUUUCUAUUUAAAAAAGGAGAAAAAGAAGAAAAAAAAAGAGAUAAUAAACAAGUGGGCCUGUAUGUGAGUCUUGCAUGCCAUUGUUCUUAUCUGUACUGGUGUCCCCAAAUUAAAAAAAUAAAUAAAAUAAGAUAAAAGACCUACGUGGUGAGAUCACCCAUUUUAAUAACACAAGCAGCCCUGCAGCUCUGACCAGGUACCACCAGCCUCAUCCAAAGAGACUGUACAACUUUUACUUUGAGCCCAAGUCCGAGGAGUCGCUCUCUGACCUGAGGAGAGGAGGAGGAGGAGGAGGAGGAGGGAAGUUGCCCCAGCCUCCUCUUCACAUCCUACACCCAGGCAUAAGCCGUCAUUACGUCACUGAUGAUAAAAAAAAUUAAAAAUCGUGUGUGUAUACGCUGCUAGUGAAUCCUGCAGACAAAGAAAAAACCUCCAACAGGUGAAUUAUAAUAAAUGAGACACUAGAGAUGAAUUUCAAAGCUUGAUUCUUGUUUCAUAACACUCCUACGAUGAUGACACUAAAAUAAAUGAAACAUCCUUAAAUCAGGUUCUUGGUGUGCAGGAUUCACAGCUCCCUGGAGUCACAGACGUCCCUCAGGAUGUCAGGUUUAACAGUCCAUAAUGACAUUGUGUUGCACAGUUAAAAGAUGAAUUGCAGAAGUAUCAUAUUUGUAAAAUCAUAAGAACAAA